CCACUUUGGAGUCGGAGAAAGUGACCACAACCACUGUGAAGAGAUGUCCAGUACGAAGAUUCUCACAGUAGCAGCACUGUCUGCUCUUGUCACAGCAACUCUUGUAGAAGGGUAUCAUUUGUACCAGAGCUCAAAAGAACCAGCGAAGAAGAUCUCCAAGAAGAAGAUCUCCAGUGAUGCGUACGAUGAAGAGCUCAUCAGAGAACAAUUGGCCAGAAACUAUGCCUUCCUCGGAGAAGAAGGUAUGGCGAAGGUUCGCAACCUGAACGUUGUUGUUGUUGGAUGCGGUGGUGUCGGCUCCUGGGUGUGUACCAUGCUUGUACGCUCUGGUGUUUCGAAACUAAGAAUCAUUGACUUUGACCAAGUGUCGCUGAGCUCCUUGAACAGACACGCUGUGGCCACGCUGGAGGACGUUGGUAUCCCGAAAGUUGAAUGCUUGAAGAAACACCUGUUGAAGAUUGCGCCGUGGUGUGAAAUCGAGGCCAUCAACCAGCUGUGGCACCUGCCACAGGCCGACUCACUCCUGUCUGGUGAGAACGUCUACGUCGUUGACUGUAUCGACAACAUCGAUACCAAGGUUGACUUGAUCGCAUAUGCCCAUAAGAGACAAAUGCCUAUUGUGUCGUCCAUGGGUGCUGCUUGUAAGAGUGAUCCAACAAGAAUAAACAUCAGUGACAUCUCUAAAUCUGAAGAGGAUCCAUUGGCCAAGUCUGUACGUCGCCGUCUCAAGAAGCUGGAUAUCACAACAGGCGUUCCAGUGGUGUUCAGUGCUGAAAAGCCGGAUCCUAGAAAGGCACAGCUUUUGCCAUUACCGGAGGAAGAGUUUGCAAAGGGUAAAGUUGAUGAACUGUCUGCUUUGAGGGAUUUCAGAGUUAGAAUACUUCCAGUCUUGGGGACAAUGCCAGCAAUGUUCGGGUUGACUAUCGUCACAUAUAUCCUUACAUCUGAAUCUGGCUAUCCAAUUGAACCAAUCGAAGGUAAGAAUAGAAUCAAGAUCUACGAUGGUAUAUUCCAAACGCUUGCUGGCCAACAGACACGUAUCGGUGAACCUGAUCAACGUGUGCCAAUCUCACUAAGAGAGGUGCCAUAUAUCUGUGAGGAGGUGUUCAGAGGUAAAUCACCAAUCUCUGGGUUCUCGACAAAGUUGACUCUCUCAAGAUGGGAUCCAUCAAAGCCAAUCAGUUUGACAAACGUUGUUAUCAUGACAAAAGAGGAACAAAAGAUCCACGAGGAGAAGGUUCUUAUUGGACGUCAACCACUGGACCAGGUAUACUCCAAAGAGGUUCUUGAACUCGUAGAAAAAAGAUUCAAAGAGGAAGAGUACUACGAACAAUUCAGAUGAGUUUCUUUGAAGGGAGGUAUCUAUCUUUGAUGAAGAUAAACAGGGUAUAAAAUCAGGACAUCAAAACAAUCACUAAGUAUAGAUUGAUGCACCAAGUGGUACUGUAGCCUGUUGACGAUACUGUUGCGUUUGGGAAGGAUCUUCUUGGAAAUAUUCAUGUAAUAGAGCACGUUUAGCACUUAUACGACCAGCUGGGUCGUAAACCAACAUCUGCUCCAAUAGAUCAACACCCGCAGGGUCCAACGUUGGCACGGUAUCUUGUAAGUUCUUCUUUGACCAUUUAGGGAAGGUUGGUUUGAAAUCCGGUAGAUAUGUAACGUCUGGCCAAACCUCCUCGGUCGGUGUACCUAGGAUUCUAAAGAUUCUAAAGAUCUGGUCAAUCUCGGAAUCACCUGCAA